AUGAGACCGACCCAAGCCCUUUCCGUCGGCCGCUAUCGCCAUCUCAAACUUACCACCAAAGACGUCGGCAAGGGCUUCUACAAGGGAAACAGAACUGGCUCAAUGGGUCGCCACACCAAACACGGAGGAUACGUAAUCGAGUGGAACAAAGUCCGGACAUAUGCUGUUCCCCCAAACCUGAAAGACUUCAAGCUUACGCCGUUCGUCAGUCGCCAAGUUCGAGAAGUACCUGGUGACUACAAGGGUCUGGAAAAGGGACCCCAAGAUCCGUAUUUCUAUGUUGAGCAGUGGAAACGCUACAAUGGCGUGGACUAA